GCUUUGAAAAAAAAAUGGCGGCUCCCAUGACUUGGAGGAGACUAGUGUACUCCGUGACCACCCCUGCUCUCUCUGGAAUAUUAUCUAAAAUCUCGGACAGGUUGUUUAGGACACGUGACAGAAGAAGAGGGUCCUCACUGCUGCUCCUGGCACCUCUCCUGGCAGAUACAGAACCACUGGUGUCCAGACCAUCAGGCUCCAAUGAGGGCCUCCAUACUCGCUUCCACUGGAUUGCUGACUAUGUGCCAGCAUUCAGAGUUCCAGGGGGACGCAUACACAUCCUCCACUCCCCCGAUGAGUUCUACCAGGCAAUGAAGGCACGAAUCAAGAGAGCCAGAAGUCGGGUAGUGAUUUCAUCCUUGUAUCUUGGCACAGGACCACUUGAGCAAGAUCUUGUUGAUUGUAUGGAGGAGGCACUCAAACACUCUCAGGAAGAUGCUGCAGCUGAUUUUAAAGUGUCUGUACUGCUUGACUACACAAGAGGAUCCAGAGGAAAGAAUAACUCUCGAACGAUGUUGUUGCCGUUGCUGCAUCGUUUUCCAGAGCAGAUGAGGGUGUCUUUGUAUCACACUCCAGACCUCCGUGGGCUGCUGCGCCUCCUAGUGCCUGAACGCUUCAACGAGACUAUUGGCGUACAACAUAUUAAAGUUUACCUGUUUGACAACAGUCUCAUCAUCAGUGGAGCUAAUCUGAGUGACUCGUAUUUCACUAAUCGCCAAGAUCGUUACGUGCUGUUAGAGGACUGCAAAGAGGUGGCUGAUUUCUUUGCGGAGUUAGUGGAAGCAGUGGGCGAUGUAUCGCUGCAGCUUGCAGCUGAUGACAGCGUUCACAUGAUGGAGGGAAUGGUACACCCUUACAAAGGUAAUAGAGUCGAUUUCUCAGGUUCAGCACAGCGGCGGAUUAUGGAAGUAAUGAAUUCAGCUAGGACGCAACAGCACAUGUUAGAGUUGGAUUCUAACUCAAAAGUGGAAUAUGGAGAAGAGCAUAGUGACACCUGGGUCUUCCCACUUGUGCAGAUGAAACCUUUAGGCAUUAGGCUGGAUGAGGAGGUAACACAGAGACUGCUGAUGGAGGCAGGUGGGGACUCCACAGUCUACCUAACAUCAGGCUACUUUAACCUGACACAAACUUAUAUGAGACUUGUACUGGGAGCUGCAGCAGAUUACCGCAUACUCAUGGCUUCACCAGAGGUCAACGGUUUUUUUGGGGCCAAAGGCGUGGCAGGUGCCAUUCCUGAAGCUUACAUUCACCUUGCCCAUCAGUUCUAUAGUAAGGUGUGUGAACUUGGUCAACAAGAUAGGGUCCACCUGCACGAAUACCAUCGACCUGAUUGGACUUUCCAUGCCAAGGGACUGUGGUACUACCUGGAAGGCAACAAUCUUCCCUGUCUGACUCUCAUAGGCUCCCCAAAUUUUGGUUAUCGCUCUGUGCAUAGAGACAUCGAGGCUCAGAUAGCCAUAGUAACAGAAAAUGAUGAACUCCAGAUGCAGCUGCAACAGGAGCAAGACAUGUUGUACAAGAGGUCCACAGAGGUGUCAGGAUCCACCUUCAGGCAGCCUAACCGUUAUGUAAAGUUAUGGGUGAAGUUGGUCACUCUGCUAAUCAAGAACUUCUUCUGAGAAACAGUAUAACUGAGCCGGUGGACUUCUUGCAGCUCAUGCCAGCCUAUACAGACCUAGUGCUUCCACAUCUGUUAGUGGGUCAACUCCAGGAGAGAGGAUGAAGAACAUAGGUGUGGAUGAGCUGCUCUCUUCAAAGGACACAGAAAACUCCACACUACGACCAUCCACAUAUUUGGUC